AUGUGCCACCUGCUGCAGCACCUGUGCGAGCGGGAGCUGCAGCACCGCGUGGAGGCCAUCGUGGCGUUCUCGGAGCGCCACGUGGAGCGGCUGCAGCGGGACCAGCGGCGCCGCUACGGCCUCCUCAUGAGGGCACUCACCAUGUCGGCCGCAGAGACCGCCCGCAGGACCAGGGAGUUCCGGUCACCACCGCAGGAGCAGAUCAACAUGCUGCUGCAGUACAAGGGGGGUGCUGAGGGCGAGGAGUGUCCCGUGCCCGGGGACAUCCGGGACGAGCUGCUCGACUUCCACAGCGACCUGCUGGCACACUGCGGCAUCGAGCUGAGCGAGGAGGAGGAGGAGGAGGAGGAGGAGCCGUCGCUGCGGCAGCGCCUGCUGGGGCUGGUCCAGAGGGUCGUGGGGUCCGGAGCCCCCAAGGAUGAGGAGACCCCCCCUGAGGAGCCCCCGUGCCCAGAGCUGAUCUCCCAGACCAUGGUGCACUGGGCACAGGAGUCGUUCAUCCAGAGCCCCGCUCUGGUCAGGGCCAUGUUCAGCCUCCUGCACGGCCAGCACAGCACACUGGGCACCCUGCAGGAGCUGAUCUCGCAGACCAUGGUGCACUGGGCACAGGAGUCGUUCAUCCAGAGCCCAGCUCUGGUCAGGGCCAUGUUCAGCCUCCUGCACGGCCAGUACGACGCGCUGGGCGAGCUGGGCCGGGCGCUGCCCAAGGCCUACGCCAUCAGUGCCACCUCGGUGCCCGACACCACCGCCCUGCUCGAGUGCCUGGGGCAGAUCCGCUCCCUGCUCAUCGUGCAGAUGGGCCCCGAGGAGGAGAACCUCAUGAUCCAGAGCAUCGGGAACAUCAUGAACAACAAGGUGUUCUACCAGCACCCCAACCUGAUGCGGGCGCUGGGGAUGCACGAGACGGUGAUGCAGGUCAUGGUCAGCGUGCUGGGCGGGGGAGAGUCCAAGGAGAUCCGGUUCCCCAAGAUGGUGACCAACUGCUGCCGCUUCCUCUGCUACUUCUGCCGCAUCAGCCGCCAGAACCAGCGCUCCAUGUUCGACCACCUGGGCUACCUGCUGGAGAACAGCGGCAUCGGGCUGGGCAUGCAGGGCUCGACCCCCCUGGACGUGGCGGCCGCCUCUGUCAUCGACAACAACGAGCUGGCCCUGGCGCUCAAGGAGCAGGACCUGGAGAAGGUGGUGACGUACCUGGCGAGCUGUGGCCUGCAGAGCUGCCCGAUGCUGCUGGCCAAGGGCUACCCCGACAUCGGCUGGAACCCCUGUGGGGGAGAGAGAUACCUCGACUUCCUGCGCUUCGCCGUCUUCGUCAACGGGGAGAGCGUGGAGGAGAACGCCAACGUGGUGGUGCGGCUGCUGAUCCGGCGCCCCGAGUGCUUCGGGCCGGCGCUGCGGGGAGAGGGGGGCAGCGGCCUCUUGGCCGCCAUCCAGGACGCCCUGAGCAUCGCCCAGGACCCCGCCCGGGACGGGCCCAGCGGCAGGAGGGAGAGGAGGCCCUUCGGCCCCGAGGAGCCCCCCGAGGAGAACCGGGUGCACCUCGGCCACGCCAUCAUGUCCUUCUACGCCGCCCUCAUCGACCUGCUGGGCCGCUGCGCCCCCGAGAUGCACCUGAUCCAGGCGGGGAAGGGCGAGGCCCUGCGGAUCCGGGCGAUCCUGCGCUCGCUCGUGCCGCUCGAGGACCUGGUGGGGAUCAUCAGCCUCCCCCUGCAGAUCCCGGCCCUGGGAAAAGAUGGGAACGUGGUGGAGCCCCGCAUGGCCGCCAGCUUCGUCCCCGAGCACAAGGCGCCCAUGGUGCUGUUCCUGGACCGCGUGUACGGCGUGCAGAGCCAGGAGUUCCUGCUGCACGUCCUGGAAGUGGGGUUCCUGCCCGACAUGCGCGCGGCUGCCUCCCUCGACACGGCGACCUUCAGCACGACGGAGAUGGCGCUGGCGCUGAACCGGUACCUGUGCCUGGCGGUGCUGCCGCUCAUCACCAAGUGCGCGCCGCUGUUUGCGGGCACGGAGCACCGCGCCAUCAUGGUGGACUCCAUGCUGCACACCAUCUACCGCCUGUCCCGCGGCCGCGCCCUCACCAAGGCCCAGCGCGACGCCAUCGAGGAGUGCCUCAUGGCGCUCUGCAGGUACAUCCGCCCGAUGCUGCAGCACCUCCUGCGCCGCCUCGUCUUCGACGUCCCCAUCCUCAACGAGUUCGCCAAGAUGCCCCUCAAGCUGCUGACGAACCACUACGAGCGGUGCUGGCGCUACUACUGCCUGCCCAACGGCUGGCCCAACAUGGGCGUCAGCUCCGAGGAGGAGCUGCACCUCACCAGGAAGCUCUUCUGGGGCAUCUUCGACUCCCUGGCGCACAAGAAAUUCGAGGCCGAGCUGUACAAGCUGGCCAUGCCGUGCCUCUGCGCCAUCGCCGGCGCCAUCCCCCCCGACUACGUGGACGCCAGCUACUCGUCCCGCACCGAGAAAAAGGCCUCGGUGGACGCCGAGGGCAACUUCGACCCCAAACCCGUCGAGACCCUCAACGUCAUCAUCCCCGAGAAGCUCGACGGCUUCAUCAACAAGUACGCCGAGUACACGCACGAGAAGUGGGCCUUCGACAAGAUCCAGAACAACUGGACUUUUGGGGAGACCGUGGACGAAGAGGCCAAACCCACUCCCAUGCUGAGGCCCUACAAGACCUUCUCUGAAAAGGACAAGGAGAUCUACCGGUGGCCCAUCAAGGAGUCCCUGAAGGCCAUGCUGGCCUGGGAGUGGACGGUGGAGAAGGCCCGGGAAGGGGAGGACGAGCGGGCCGAGAAGAAGAAAACGCGGAAAAUCUCCCAGAGCGCCCAGGCCACCUACGACCCCUCCCACGGGUACAGCCCCCAGCCCGUGGACCUGACCGGGGUGACGCUGUCCAGGGAGCUCCAG